AUAUCUAUACGGAACUUGAUCUAACAGUCGCUGAUAUUCGCAAUGACGAUUCUGAAGCACGCAAGAAAGCCUAUACUGCUAAUAUCGUCUAUGGUGACAUCGCUCGUUUUCAACGCGAUCAUCUUCUUCAUACAUUUUAUAAAAAAAUGAUCAAAGGUGAUCGAACACAAACAGCUGUGAUCGUCGAUGAAGUUGAUAAUAUGUUGCUGGAUAAUGGUAAUAACAUGCUCUAUCUUUCACAUAGCAUUCCGGGAAUGGAUUUACUUGAUUCUUUGCUAAUAUUCAUCCAACAACAAAUUCAUAGUCCAAUCUAUACCGGAGAUAAGAGUAAUCUUGAACUUAUGCAACAACAAUUUGAUAAUUCCACAAUCAAAAAGAAAGUUUUAGCGGAUGUGUUCGGUCAGUUUUCUAUUGAAGACCUACGACAUAUUUUCAAUUCAAUCAAAAGUGAUACCGAAAUAGAACUUAUCAAUAAAAAGCUUAUUGAGAAAGGAGUCAUCGAUGCUGACGGGUAUCUAAAGAUUCAUCGUCAUGAUCAAUUAGCUUCAAUAGAUGAAGCUCUCUCGAACAUCGGACCAGUCUUUAUCAAACGGAUCAAAGCCUGUUUUUCCAUCAUUCUUUCUCGUGCGCGUUCAAUCGAAUUACCAGUUUAUCUUCGAAACUUUGUUCAACUUCACCUCGAUGAAUUAAUUGAAAAUUGCAAACAUGCCUUGUUCUUAGAAACUGGUACUGGAUAUGUUGUUGAUGU